ACCUCUCUGUCUCCGCUGCAGAAAACCAAGAUCUCGACGUACGAUAAGAUGUGGGAGUUCAUGAACAGCCGGCGUCAGUCUGUGAUCGUGAAGAGCGUGGAGGAGGGCAUCCAUCGCGUGCUGACGUCUGACUACGCCUUCCUGAUGGAGUCCACCACCAUCGAGUUCGUCACGCAGCGCAACUGCAACCUGACGCAGAUCGGCGGCCUAAUCGACUCCAAGGCGUACGGCGUGGGGACGCCCAUGGGCUCGCCGUAUCGGGACAAGAUCACCAUCGCCAUCCUGCAGCUGCAGGAGGAGGGCAAGCUGCACAUGAUGAAGGAGAAGUGGUGGAGGGGGAACGGAUGUCCGGAGGAGGAGAGUAAGGAGGCCAGCGCUCUCGGCGUGCAGAACAUCGGCGGCAUCUUCAUCGUCCUCGCCGCCGGCCUGGUGCUGUCUGUGUUCGUGGCCGUCGGCGAGGUGCUGUACAAAUCCAAACAGAACGCGCAGAUCGAGAAGCGCUCGUUCUGCAGCACGAUGCUGGAGGAGCUCAGGGCGUCUCUGAAGUGCCAGCGGCGGCGGAAACAGAAACCCCAGCCACAAGCCAUCGUCAAAACAGAGGAGGUGAUUAACAUGCAUACCUUUAACGACAGGAGGCUCCCGGGGAAAGAGACCAUGACCUGACGCCUCUCCUGUGACUCUCGUCCAAAUGACGGACACGAAGAUGUUUCCUGUGGAAACCCGGAUUCGUGAGCGAUUCAGAACCGCAUCCCUCACAGAUCAGCAAUCACUUGUGUUCUCAUUUUACCUUGCUUUUCUCUGUUUUCUCUGUGAAACUAGCUCAAUGUUUUAAACCCAUCACUUUUACUCAUAUGCUGCCUUUAUUGCUGCCUUCAAGAGCGCCUGAUAAACACACUUUUCCUCAUAUUCUUCAAUAAAGAGUCCUAAGUCGUGAACCAAACC